AUGCAUUUCCCUACCGGCGCAGCUUUCAUUUCGCUUUUUCUGGCUGUGACUUGUGCUGCUCCGCUCUCCAAUUCUCACGAGCAUACCUCCCGCCGCAAAGUGACCUAUGAAGUUGUCAACGUUGCUGGAACCUCAACAACAUCUGUCGCGCCUGUCACCGAGACUUUGACGGAGACCAUCAAAUCUGUCACCACGGCUACCAAAGUAAUGCCCUCACCUGUGACUAUCACUGUGUUUGCGACAUCAACCAGCAAGCCAGUGUCAAGCUCGGUCCCCUCGUCCCAUGGUGCACCUCCUUCUGGGGCCAGCAGCGAUAUCCUCCGCCGCAGACUGGUGCCUACUAGUGUGCCAUCAUAG